GUCCAUUACAUGACUUACGAUCUUAGAUGGGAGUAUGACACCAUCAAUCCUUGGACUCACUGUAAUGUCAUGGUGUUAUCUGGUGAAACAAAGCCUCAGCAGCUAUACUGGUAUGCCCAAGUUCUGGGCGUUUAUCACAUGAAUGCAUGGCUAAAUAUUGAAGGUCGAGUUAAAGAACAUCACAUUGAGGUUCUUUUUGUGAGAUGGUUGGCACCUUUGAGCAACCAUCGAUCAGGGUUGAGCUGCGCUUGGCUUCUGAAGGUUGCAUUCAUCGAGGAAUCUGACUGUGAUGCUUUCAGUUUUCUUGAUCCUGGUCAGGUCAUCCGGGGUAUGCACCUGAUCCCAGAUUCUGCCUCUGGCUGUGGAAUCACCUCCCUUCACCAUGGAAAGUCAUUUGCAUGUCAGUGCAGCGAAUUAGAUGACUGGAAAGCUUACUACAUUAGCAUAUUCGUGGACAGAGACAUGUUCAUGUGGUACACAUACCAUGGCAUUGGGCAUCCUAAGUUCUUGCAGGAGAUCACUAGGGCUUGCGCGGACGAGGGACCUAGGGAUGGCCUAGUGUCAGAGGAAGAUGAGACUGUUUACAGCAAGGACUGGGAAAGCCAUAUUCCGUGUUAUGAUGAUGAAAGAGAGCAGGGUAGUGGCAAUGAUGACAACGUAGCCGAGGGGGAAGGUAAUAAUGAUGGGGAAGAAGACUUG